AUGGAGAUCCUGCAGGAGAUGGUGCGCGUGCUGCGGGCGGACCCGCACGCGUUCACGUCGGUGCUCUUCUUCCUGCUCUGCCCGGCAUCGGUCGGGGUGCCUCCUGCUGUCCACCGCCGCGCUGGAGGGGUGGAGAUGUCAGAUAGUAGGGACCCUGUGUGGGAGCACGGGGAGAAUAUCCCACCUGGAUGGCGCUGUAAGUAUUGCCAUACAAAGAGGGGCGGUGGUGGGGCAACAAGACUAAAGCAACACUUGGCUGCAAGAGGGAAGGGGGUUACAUAUUGCAAUUCAGUGCCUCCGGAUGUCCGUGAGUUCUUCUGCCGUGAGUUGGACAGGAUAAAAGAUGCAGGUGACCAGCGUAAGAGUGAUAGCGGAAGAAGGGUUGAAGCAGCAAGGGUCAACUAUUAUGACCUAACAGGUGAUGCCGACGAGGAGGAACAAAUGGAAGCAGCCAUUGCAGCCUCACGACAAGACGAAAACUUUAGGAGGGAUGUUGAGGAGCGUGGUGGCACUUAUGAGCAUGGCGGUGGGAGUGGAUCCGCUCAGCCGGAGGCACGGAAAGGUAGAAGUAACCCAAUCACCAAUAUGCUACGAAGGGCUACGUCUCAUAGGGAGUCACCUGCUGUGAGAGAUUACAACCUAGCAUCUGCCAAGGCCCCUGUGCAGCCACGCAUUGACACAGGAUUCUUCACAAAGAAGGGGAAGCAAGCUAGGCAAGCCAUUGGUGAGUCAUGGGCAAGGUUCUUCUUUACCGCCGGCAUUCCUGGUAGAAACGCCGAUAAUCCAUACUUUGUGAGCGCCGUUCGGGAGACACAAAAGUGGGGUGAAAGUGUACCUUCUCCAACUGGUAACGAGAUAGAUGGAAAAUAUCUUGAUUCUACAGAGAAGGAUGUGAAGAAGCAAUUUGAUAGGUUCAAGAAGGAUUGGGAUGAGUACGGUGUUACUAUAAUGUGUGAUUCUUGGACAGGUCCGACGAGUAUGUCGGUCAUCAAUUUUCUGAUAUACUGCAAUGGAAUAAUGUUUUUCCACAAGUCCAUUGAUGCGACCGGGCAAAGCCAGGAUGCUAACUUUGUGCUGAAGGAGAUAAGGAAGGUGGUACGCGAAAUAGGCUCGGAGCAUGUUGUUCAAAUUAUCACUGACAAUGGCUCUAACUACAAGAAGGCGUGCAGACUACUACGGCAAGAAUACAAGACAAUUGUGUGGCAACCUUGUGUGGCACACACAGUUAACUUGAUGCUUAAGGAGGUUGGAAAAAUGCCAGACCACGAAAUGGUGAUUGAGAGUGCUAGGAAAAUUUGCAGAUGGCUAUACAAUCAUAACAAGUUGCAUGCUAUGAUGGUCUUAGCUAUAGGUGGUGAACUGGUUAAGUGGAAUGCUACAAGGUUCGGAACAAACUACAUGUUUCUCCAGAGUUUCCUUAGGAAGCGAGAUCUUUUCAUGCAAUGGAUGGCUUCCUCUGUCUUCAUGCAAAGCAAAUUUAGUGGGACUUUGGAAGGUAGAUAUGCACAUGCAUGUCUAUCUAGUCUGUCUUGGUGGGAGAACUUAGAGGCAGUAGUGAAUUCUGUCCAACCUAUGUACUCAUUCCUUCGGUUUGCUGACGAGGACAAGAACCCCAAUUUGAGUGAGGUACUUUUGAGAUAUCAGUUGCUCAAAAUGGAGUACGACACUCUUUUUGCGAAUCAAAGGGACAAGUUUGAAGCAUACAUGGAGAUCGUGAACAGAAGGAUGCACGACCUAACCAAUGAGACUCUCAUCAAUGCCGCUGCCGCAUUGAACCCUAGGACGCACUACGCGUAUUCUCCAAGUGCUACUGUCUUCCAAGACCUCCGACAGGCAUUCGAGUGGAUGACGGAUAUCGAUACGGCUGCCGCCGCUUUGCUGGAGGUUGAGAUGUACCGACGUAAGACGGGUGAAUUUGGGAGGGCACUAGCAAGAAGGAUGGCCAUAGAUGGGAAAACUUCACCUGCACAAUGGUGGUCUAUGUUCGCCUCAGACACGCCGAAUUUGAAGAAGCUUGCGUUGCGUUUGGUUGGUCAAUGUUGCUCCUCCAGUGGAUGUGAAAGGAAUUGGAGCACAUUCGCAUUCGUACAUACGAAGGUCCGUAAUAGACUUACCCACAAGAAGCUCAACAAGCUAGUGUACGUGAACUACAACCUUCGCCUUCGAAUUCAGCAAGCAAAUGCCCAAAUUAGGGUGGAGGACGAUGAUCCCCUUCAAAGAUUAGCGGACCUCUCAUUCUAUGAAACUAACAAUCAUAUCAGUGCCUGGAUGGACAAUGCUCGCUCUAAUGCUUGCCCCGAACUAGAUGAAGAUUCAGCUGAGAGUGACGCUCCCCUGCCUAGUCAACUUGUGUGA